AACUCUUGCAAUUGCACCCCUUCUUCCCUACCUUACCUUCUCUCUCACUUUGAACUUCCAACUCUCUCUUCUCUCUCUCUCUCUCUCUCUCGGCAUUUCUCUCUCCCUCCGCUUGAUCUCAUCUAUGGCAGAAUUGCUGGAUUAUCAGUCCAAGUCCAAUUCCAACACGAACCCCACACGGUUAAAGCUCUUCGGUUUCAGCGUUUCGGAUGAGGAAGAGUCGUCAUCGUCUCUUGAUGCUGUCGGCCCGAACAAGGCCACGACCUCUUCAUCGGGGUCCCCGGACGCCGGAGGAGGAGGAUUCCCUUCCACCGGCGACCGGAAGUACGAGUGCCAGUACUGCUGCCGGGAAUUCGCCAACUCGCAGGCCUUAGGGGGCCACCAGAACGCUCACAAGAAAGAGCGGCAGCAGCUCAAGCGUGCCCAGAUGCAGGCCACCCGCAACGCCGCAGCCGCCGUCUCGUUCGUCAGGAACCCCAUGAUCUCCGCCUUCGCACCGCCUCCGCACCUCCUGGCCCCGGCUGGCCAAGUGGUGGUGCCCGCCGGGGCGCCGGCGUCCCCAUCGUGGGUCUACGUUCCAAGAUCAGCCCCGCCGUUCCACGUUUCACAUGGGUGCGUGUUCACGAGCUCGGGCGGUGGUAGGCCGGGCGCGGCAGGCCUGCCGUACGGCGGCGGAGCGGGGGAGUCCUCGUCCAUGACCACGGUCGGGUCCCACCAAGUACAGAGCCGGGCCAAUAAUGGGAGAGUGGCCGUGGAUGGCCCUUCUUUGAGUAAGUUCUCGAAGGGUAACGGUGGGCCCAGUUUUGAUGACAGCUUAGGGCUCGACUUGCAUCUCAGUCUGGCGCCGGCCGGGUCCUGACCUCAGCUCGGCUUCGGCAGUCUGAUCGGUUUUAGGCUCCCAGAAGGAAAAGGGUUUGAACCUCUUAUGUCGGGUCGGAUCUUGUACAUUUUCCAAAUUAAUUUAUUGAUUUUUUUUCCUUUUUCCCUCUUCCAUGGCAUACAUUGGUGCUAUAUAGCCGUAUGAUCCAACUGGGGGGCACUAGUCUUAUGUGAGAUGAAAACGGACAUUAACAACUAACUAAAGAUUGAUUAGCAAAAGGAAUCCUUAAAAAAAA